UUCAUCAUAAAAGUCUAUCCAUACUAUUCCCAUCGUAGAGAUUAACUUCAACAUUUUUAUUAAAACACUUCGGUCAAUUGUGACGAUUGAGAUAAUUCGUGUUAUAAAAAGAGCUUCGGACUAGGGAAAUCAUUCACAAAACAUAGAGUUGUGGAUCAGCAACAUUCUAGUCCCAGGAGGAAAGUGCGCAUCCCAAGAUGACAGUGAAGCAGUUCAUUAUUAAGGCGCUAUGCGUGACUAUCUGCCUGGCCUCUUCGCCUCUAUCGAAUGAAGACAUAGCUCGAGAAUUCAUAGAACAUGUGUUAAGGAUUCCCAACCCCGAUAAAGUAUUGAACUCCGCUCUUGACAGAAUCGAGAAGAAUAGACAACACGAAAUGAUCAAGCAACAAGUUUCUUCUAAAGCUGAUUGUGAGGAUUCGACGGAGCUUUUACCCGAGUAUACUGAAACACUUCAAGGAUCACGGGAGCUAAGGCAGUUGGGUGCACAGAAACAUUAUCCGAUUUGCCAUCUUGAGAGGAAAAUUAAAAAACUGAAUACAAACGAAUACGAAUACAGACCAGCUUACUACGAGGAAGUGCGUUGUACUUCAAACGAAGAUAUUGGAGUUACUAAUGAGAUUUGUUCGAGUCUUGGGUUCGCAUGCGUACAAUGGAACAAAACGAUACAUCUGACAAGGAGACGAUACACCAGUGACUGUUGGGAGACAAGGACCAUGGUGAUACCAGCCGGCUGCGAGUGUAUGUGGCCAGUACACAGACUAGGAGACAUGAAACUACGGAUAUAAACAAAUGAAGAUCGAUAAAAUUUAAGACUAUUAGUACCUUGCGAAAAAAAACACACUGAGCGAAAUUGAUUUAAAAUUUUACUUAAACAUACAUAUCUAGUCAAUUGAACUUAUACAAAAAAAUGUACUUAAUGUAUUCUUAGUUAAGUCAUAGUCUUGUUUAAAUUAUUUAAAAAGUUAUUAGACAUCCUUCACAAACAUUUUAGUGUACCGUACUUAUUGUGUAAGCCUGUGCGGUUAAACUCACAUUGCGUAUCCACUUAGAUACGUAAACACAUCCAUGAAUAUAAAUAAAUAUAACGUUAAUGUUACGACAGUCGUAUAUUUAAUACCUGUAUAUUAUACGCUAUAUUUAAGCUUAUUAUAAUUAAUUGAGUAAACAAUAAAAAGUAACAUAAUCAAAGGUAUCA